AUGACAACGGCCGCGGAAAAUCUGGAAGACGGAAGAGUAGUGAUGCCUACUGGGGCUGCAGAGGUGCCAGUGGUGCAAACACCAGGCGCGACAACAACCGCCAACACCCGUACUGGUGCUCAAGCUGGUGCCCAAGCCGGAACUCAGACCGGUAGAACGACGAAUGCAGGAAACGUGUACCAUCCGACUACCGGGUAUCAAGAGCCUACGGCUGGAUACGCAGAGGACACCCCUACAGGAGCCGGCAUGACGGGAGAAACUCGCCACGACACCACCACGGGUUACGGGACUGGUGAGAAAACCGUUGCUAACCGGGGUACAAGAGGUGUAGGCAGCUACUUCUUGGUGGACUUGCCCUUGAUACUUUUGAGAGUCAUGCAAUUUGCUGCCAGCGUUAUCGUGUUGGGACUGUUGGCGUACUCUAUAAACAGCUACAGUUUCCACGGGAGUCGCAAAACCAACUAUAGCUUGGCCGUUUCUGUAAUUUCGUUAUGGCACCUUUUGAUGCUGCCUUUGUACACGACGUUGCUGGCAAUUAUCUUCAUCACGGGCAUAUACGUGGUGGCAGAGGUGGCGUUGAUGAUUUUAUGGUUGGUGGCAUUUAUAGUGCUUGCAAAAACGUAUGGGUCCUUUAGCUGUGGUUCCAAAACCACGACGACUUACAACCCCAGCUACGGGUCGUUUUCGAGUUUCCAGUCGAGUGGCGGUAUGUACGAUCCUUUUCUGGGGAGGUACACUACCCAUAACUAUGGACGUGCGUGCAGGUCCGCACAGGCGUCAAUUGCGUUCAGUGGGGUUGCGUUUAUCUUGUUUCUGGUGAGCACGGUGCUCGUCUGUGUCAAUGUGAUGCGUCCCGCAAUGAGAGAGGGCGGCAUGGGCGGUAUGUGGAGGCCUCUCAAACGUUACGGACUCAAAUUGAACAGGUGGACCGGGUUGUACGUGGAAGAUCUGCACGGUGGACCCAGUGACGUGGAGACAGGCACGCACGGAGCCGGACACGAUCAGCACACAUUUUCAACGGGCGGGUCUACUUAUAACGGAACACAUCAAGAAAAAUUGGCCCACCAGCGUAACAUGUCCGGAACGACCAACAUGGAGCCUCAUGGUGUGACGGGCGAGCAGGUUACGGGCGCGGAGCGGAACGGCGAUAUGGCGGGCGAGACGCGCAUGUGA